AUGGCCGACGAAGAGUCUAAGGACAGCAGUCAGAGCAACCAACAGCCCAUUUCGGAGUGGUCCGACACCGACUCGUCAGCUUCGCAGCCGAGGAGUUCGCAGGCAACGUCGUCUCGGCACGAAGGUGGUGAGCGAGAUAACAGUCCUUGCAACGACGAAGACAUAGAAAGCCUACUACCUCGGCCAACAUCAGCCCUCGCAGCCGAGCCGCUACAAGACCUCAAUAGUGAGGUGGACCCAAGAUCAGCAGCUGAGCACAAUCCGUCUACUGGACCCAGUGGAGUGGGCCCAUUGGAUAGUGAUGAAUCCAUCAGUACACAAGAAGCAGCAACUCUACGCGAGGCUCAUGCUACUCGGCAGCACACCACUCGCAACGACCCGGAGCCGUUUCCUGCCUUCCGCGAUCUUCUCACUUCCACAGAUGGUGCCAAUGAUGGCUCACGAGCGCCCGUGCAGUCUCCCGAUUCUGUAGCUCGACUGACUGAAGCUUCGCGAGUCCUGGCAGAAGAGCUCGCUUCCGCGACUCAUAGGCGCAGCGAUGGGCAAGAUGACUUCACAUUGUACUCGGCUGACAGUAGCAAUGCCGCACAGCGGCCUUCAUUCCCAGGAGGUCACGACCCACUCGAGCCCGACAAUGAGUUCACCGUCGAGGACGCAGAACGUCCUACACUUACCAGUGCACCACGACAGGCCGUAGCAGCCGGCUUGCGCGCACAGCAGAACCGUGAACCUCGACAGGUCCGGCGGGUCACUGGUCAACAUGACCUACGCUCUCGCUCCAACACACCAACCUCGAAUCCUAGCCCAGGACCACCACUACAUCACCCACGUCCGCUACCUCCUCGUGCAACCUUGAAUCCUUCCCUCGAUCCUUUCCACCGAUCUGGCUAUAUGCCAUUCCCAACACCAACUCAACACACCCCGCCUAUUCUUACCCCAGGCAUGCAAGCAGCAAUCGCCUCUCCCGAGAGCGAGCACGUCGAUAGACAGAUCCGCAAUCUGUCUCAGGUGCGUGCCGGCGUAUCGCUGGACAGCAGUAGCGAGGAAUCUUCUGGCGAAAGUGAGGGCAUUGUUUUUGAUGCUGUGGCUGCCAAUGCCAGAUUCACGGAUCCGGGCACGAAUAGACCUCCUGUCCCUCCAGGCCGACCAGCCAACCCGGUACGGCCUGUCUCGGGUGAGCCACCCCAUUACGAUGAUUAUACCCCGGCAUUACAGGAGGGUCGUCAUCCUUCACCUCGCCCUGAAGCUUCCGGAUCUGGCUACCGGGAAUACGAGAGGAUUGACUUUCCUUCCGAGGCCAGUGCCACUCGGCCCUGGCUGCCGGAUGAUCGUGAUGUUGGUGAGCCUGCACGAGGUGCGCAGAGGCGACCUGUCGAUGAGGAAGCCAGAAGUGGACGUUCCGAUAGACAGCGUGGACUACCAGCUGGAACGACAAGUGGACAGUAUCUAGCUGGGCUUUUGGCUGGUGGGCCUUCGACACCAGGAUCAAGUAGUGUGCGCAGUGAGAACCAAGCAUAUUGCGAUAGCUUUGACUCGUUUACGGCAGACGUGCUCGGCCGUCCACAAGGUCCUCGGCAACAGCCACAAGGCUCGCGGGACAGGGAUUCAGAUGCUCGCAGGAUGCCACAGCAGGAAGGUAGUGACGACCCUGCAGACCGUGAUAGCUAUCUUUCCUUUGCUGAGGCUGGGGCCAUAUUUCGCAACCAGCAGAAUACUCAGCAAGAGCCAGAGGACCCACGUGGCGGCAAUGCAGACGAGGAGAGAGUGCCACAGCACGGCGAACGGCCCCAGCGAAAGUUCAGCAUCAUGGAUGGCAUGUCUCCGCAAGCCACUCGCCAUCUUCCACAAAUCCAGCGUCAACUUGAGGAGCUUUCACUGCGCCUAGGCGAGCUAGGCAUGCAUUCUCAUAUUCUACGCCGCGAUGGCAUCCUGCAGGAUGAGUCGCCGAGAUCUCCUGUGCCUUCACCAAUGGAGUUGGAAGGAACAGAAAAUCCGACUGCACAUCAAGCCGAGCCUCUGAAUGAACCUGGUCCGAUUGGGAACUCUCUGCCGCUCAACACGAACAUCGAUGGCACAGUUCCUGCUGCGGCGAACGCCAGGCCUCCAGGUCCUAGAGACACGCCAUGGGUGUUGAGGCAAUUACAGGGCAUGAGGGACAUUGGGCUUGGUCUGCGUGGCCCUCGAGAUGAGCCACCGCGCCGGACUAGACGACAGCAGCAAGAUGCAGAACCACAGUCUUACCCCGUACGACCUGAGAAUCUCCAGUACAAUGCAUCUGUGGACCCGGCAGCCCGUCAGCCUGUCGAUCAGUGGCUGAACCAGGUACAUCGCCCUGCUCAUGACCCACUCGCAGCUCGCUCUGAGCUGAACAGACGAUACAGACGUAUCACUGCUGAAGUGCUGGACGUGCUGAGAGAAAUGGCGGGUACUCUGCCUGGCAUACGAUAUCAAUCUGCCAACGACCAUCACGCUCUACAGCGUACUAUUCGCAUCCUCGCCGAUGCGUGGCGAGACGCCAUACAAAGCUACGCCACCGUGCAGGCAGCCGAGUGGGAUGCACGACCCAUAUCGCGCUGGCAUGAGAUCAUGGAAUCGGUCAAUCAGGAUGUGCAGCGACUAUGUGUGACAGCCGGUUACAGGACUCACGCAAGCUACGGCCUCGAGAUCGAUAAAAUGUGGGACCAGGCACGCGCUGAGCGGAAAGCGAGAGACGAAGGUUCUGAUACCAGUCUCUCUGACAGUUGGGACACCCCACUUGCAAAACUCAAGGGUCAGCUGGAGCGUAGAUCGGCCAAGGAGGUAUCGGGAACGAGUCCUAAAUCGGAAUGGCUCACGCGCUCGAAGUCCAUUACCAGAAAGAUGAAAGAGCGAGCCGCAGAGCAACGACGACGAUCACCCCCUAGUCCGCAGCCAAGACGCCGAGAUCGAUACUAUUUUAUGAACUGGCUCCGUUCGUCACGCCGUCGCCGGCGACGCGAUCAACGCCAAAGGGAUGUAGCUGAGACCGCUCCUGCUCCUGAGCCGCAGCCGUCGCAGGAAGUACCUCAGCAUGAGAUUCUGGCUUUUGAUCCAGUGACCGGCAUGCCAGCGUACUUCCCAAAUCCGGCGUAUGCACGUUAUGUGGUGGAAGAGGCCAUGCGGCGAGAAGACGAAGAGGAGAGGGAGAGGCAAAGGGGGUUGGAAAUCAUAGAGUCUCAUGGAUUCACACGGGAACCGGCUCUACCGCGAGACUCAGAAGAAGACAGGCUGGCGAGAUUCUCUACACGGGAAGAGUAUCGUAUACCGAGGGAGGAGCGCGAGGCACAUUUUACGCCGAGGGCGAUGCGUGAGGAGCAGACUCAUUCAGAUGUUGUGUACUCUGAGCUCCCGCCUCCAGCUGAUCAGCCCGAGAGUUCAGCGGCAGCUAGCGCGCGAGGAAACGGUGGAACAGCGCCUGAAGAGAUUACAUAUCCAACGUUACCGAGUGAAGUCGCACCGGCGGCGUCAGUGGGCGGCCUAGCAGAGGUCACGUAUCCGACGUUGCCAAAUGAACUCGCAGCGACGAGGUCAGUGGGCAGCCUGGCAGAAGAGGCAACACCUCAGGCUCGCCAGACUCUCAGCACGUCACCUUCAGCCGGCCUGGGAACUGUGAGAACCUCAGCAGAAGAGCUCAUUCACCCGACUCUUCCAUUGACCUCGACGCCGUCACCGCCGUCUGACAACAUCUUCAAUCCUCGGCGACGUGGCUUGCAGCCAUUGCAGACACAACUGCCUACUCCUUCGUAUGCUCCACGCAUGCCAGAUGUGCCGUCGCCGACUGUGCCAGCCGCCUCAUCCAGAAAUGCUAGCUGGUUCAGUAUCGGCCCACACAAUCAGCGAGAUAGGAGUGGCACCAUCUCCGACCUCCGCAGCCCUUUCGAGUCGAGACCUUCCAUCUCAGGGCCUUCUGCAACUCCAAGACGACACGCAAGCAAUCCGCUCUUACACUCUCCGCAAAGCAAUUUUCCGGCUCAGAGUGAAAAUGUGCGGCCGCGUCCAUCCACCAGCCGUAUUGCAUCUGGAGGACGAGCACGGGUCGUGUCACCGUCUCUACAGGGCAGGCUGUCCUAUUACGAAGCACUCGGCUCGCCCGUCUCACCAAAUACUACUGUGGACCGCCCCAGGGAGUUGUCAUUACAGAACACUCCUGUGUCCUAUCCCAACAUAUCUCCCGUUCUACCCGCGCCUGGUAGCCUGUCACCAAACAUUCGAGCGCACUGGGAGCGACUUGGUUUGUCAGACAACUAUGUUCGGCGAUCACCGGGCACAGUGUACGGACCACGUAACCCAUCUUUGCAAGGCACGGGUGUUGGUGCUAGCAGCACACCCCCAAGCCCUGAGGAAGCAGCUGCAGAGCAGAGAGCGAGAGCAGAGGAAGUUCCUGUGGACGUUCCCAAUGUGCGCGAGGUCGAGCGUGUGGGCGCAAAGCAUGAUCAUGUGGAGGAAAAUGAGAGGCGGGAGGUGAGAGGGGAUAGUUUGGCGAAGUUGGUGUGGUAG